CCCCAGUCGCCGCCCCGCGCUCGCGCUCGCGCUGCAGGUGCCGCCGCCGCCCCCGCCCCCGCCCGCCCGCCCGCGGCACCUCGGGGCCCGGCCUCCUCGCGGAGCUUCUGCUGCGCCGCCGCCUCGGACGCCCGACGCGCCGCAAUGGACGAGGCCGCGCUGGUGAGGGAGAGGCUCCAGGCCAUCACGGAUAAAAGAAAAAUACAGGAAGAAAUCUCACAGAAGCGGCUGAGAAUAGAAGAAGAAAAACUAAAGCACCAGCAUUUGAAGAAAAAGGCCUUAAGGGAGAAAUGGCUUCUAGAUGGAGUCAGCAGCGGAAAAGAACAGGAAGAGAUGAAGAAGCAAAAUCAACAAGACCAGCACCAGAUCCAGGUUCUAGAACAAAGUAUCCUCAGAAUUGAGAAAGAGAUCCAAGAUCUUGAAAAGGCUGAGCUACAAAUCUCAAACAAUGAAGAGGCAAUUUUAAAGAAACUAAAAUCAGUUGAGAGGACAACAGAAGACAUAAUAAGGUCUGUGAAGGUGGAAAAGGAAGAAACUUCAGAAGAGUCCAUCGAAGACAUCUAUGCUAACAUCCCUGACCUUCCGAAAUCCUAUGUGCCUUCCAGAUUAAGGAAGGAAAGAAAUGAAGGAACAGAAGAUGAUGAACAAAACAGAAAAGCUUUGUAUGCCAUGGAAAUUAAAGUUGAAAAAGACUUGAAAACUGGAGAAAGUACAGUCCUGUCUUCAAUACCUCUCCCAUCAGAUGACUUUAAAGGUACAGGAAUAAAAGUUUACGAUGACGGGCAAAAGUCAGUAUAUGCAGUAAGCUCUAAUCAUGGGGCAGCAUACAAUGGCACCGAUGGCCUGGCACCAGUUGAGGUGGAGGAACUUUUGAGACAAGCCUCCGAGAGAAACUCUAAAUCCCCAACAGAGUAUCAUGAGCCUGUCUAUGCCAAUCCAUUUGGCAGGCCUACAACUCCACAGAGGGAAAAGGUAACUCCUGGUCCAAACUUUCAAGAAAGGAUAAAGAUGAAAGCUAAUGGACUAGGUAAUGAUAUGAAUGAAUCCAUGCUCAAAAUGGACAAUGGGCUUUCAGAGGAGAGGGACAACAGCCUCAAUCAUAUCAGUCCCGUUCGGCCAGUACCUCAACCCCGAUCAGUGACUCAACAAGCAGAGGAGAUGCCGCACACCCAACAAAAGAGGCUGAUGACUCCUUGGGAAGAAUCAAAUGUGAUGCAGGACAAAUAUUUGGCCUCUCCAAAGGCAAGACUGAGUCCCAGUGAACCACUAGCUGGGAAGUCAAACCACCAGGAUUCUUCUGCUUGCCAGGAGGAUGAGGAAGAUAUUAGAUAUAAUAUCGUUCAUUCCCUGCCUUCUGAUAUGGCUGAUUCAGAACCUGUGACGAUGAUUUUCAUGGGGUAUCAGCAGGCAGAAGACAACGAAGAAGAAAAGAAGCUUCUGACAGGGUAUGACGGGAUCAUCCAUGCCGAGCUGGUUGUGAUUGAUGAUGAGGAGGAAGAGGCUGAAGGAGAAGCUGAGAAACCAUCCUACCAUGCCGUGGCUCCCUGCAGUAAGGUUUACCAGCCUGCCACACCAACACCACUUCCUAGAAAAAGAUCAGAAAUGAAGCCCUAUGAAAACACAAGCCACAGAUCUCCCCACAAAAAUUCCAUAUCCCGGAAAGAGCAAGAAGAAAGCUUAGGCAGCCCUGCUCAACAAUGUCCACUUGACGUUCAGAUAGCCGGAGACGGGACCGAAGACCCAUCCUUAACAGCUUUAAGGAUGAGAAUGGCAAAACUGGGAAAAAAAGUUAUCUGAGAGGUGUAUCAUCUACCUAAACAUCCUUUGGAGAAGAAACUAAGAAACAUUUGCCACCUUCUCUUCUGGGUAUUUUGUUUCUUUUUUCCUGAGACUCCAGAAAUUAUAAUUAUAGCCAUAUUAAGCCAUGUGAAUAAGCAGUACUCAUUAUUUGUGGGGAAAAAAUCCCAAAAAAGCUAGGGAGAACAAAUGCUUAACUUUUCCAGUUACUUGACACAAUUCAGUGGUGGGGGAGAAACCAGCGUAUUUUUAUUGUAUUGAUACCAAAGCAUUUCUAAUAAGAGUGUGUUAAAUUUAAAAAUAAAGUUAUUUAAAAUA